AUUAUAACUUCGCCUCUAGCUCUACCCGCUGCUCUACCGCUGCCCGCUGGUGCCGCUGGCUCCGCUGCCUCCGCUGCCUCCGCUGCUCGUCCUCGCUCCGGUGACGAUGUAAGCCCGCUCUCCGCGCGUCUUUUCCUCUCUAAAAAGAAAAACAAACAGGCAGAAGUGCUCGAACUUGAACUUCUCAGCGGCUGCCCCACAUCCACGAGGCAACGACAGGUCGCCUCCUUUCCAUUAGCGUUUCUUCCCUCCGUUCGUCGUCGCCGCCUCGCAGGAACAUGGACGGUCUCAUGCGGGACAAACUGACCAUGAUUGCCGCUCUCGGCACCGGAGUCGUGGUCGGCAUCAGUGGGAUAUACCUCUACUACAAGCUCAACCGCAACGUCACGCGAGAACUGAAUAGCCUGGCUGGCACCAUCGCCGACCUUCGACGCGAGAUCGAGCAGCUCAAGACGUCAACGUCGGACGGGCCCCUGUCUCCGCCUUCGUCAUCGUCGGUAACUGUUUUUAAGCGUGUCGGCGUCAAAAAGGCUCCAAGACUGUCCAGCGAGCCUCAACUGACCGGACAAACUUCAAGUAGUAGCUUCGAGGACGACAACGACGAGUACUUCGACUUCACGGACGUCGAAGAUGCCGACAGCUCCUGGACCAGCUUCAAGGGCCCUGAAGAGGUCGUCGAAGAGGUGGCGCCCCAGCGGCCUGAAGAGGAGGUGGUGGUGGCUGAGGAGAACCACAUCGGGGACCAACGGGCCGCCCAGGUCGACGACCCCUGGCUGGACGCCGUGGAUUGCGCCCUCGACAAGCCUGGGGACAAAGAGGAGCUUUACUUCAGCAUGAAGCUGAAGCGCCAACAGUAUGCAAAGAGUGCACCCUUCCUGUGGAGAAUGGCCAAGGUGACCCACCUGUGCGGCAUCACGGCACAGAAGAACGGUGAAGUCUCCAGAAAACGAGACCUCGCGUUUGAAGCGUUUGCCUACGCGAAAGAGGCGCUGGCAGCAGACGACAAGAACGCGGAGGUCCACAAGUGGUACGCCAUCACCAUCGGGUCGCUGUCCGAGUUCAUCGGGGUGCAGCAGAAGAUCCAAAACGGAUAUGAAUUCAAGGAGCACGUGGACAUUGCUGCAAAGUUGAAACCGACGGACCCUACGCUGCACCACAUGCUGGGACGCUGGAGCUUCGAGGUGGCCACUCUGACUUGGAUCGAGAGGAAGCUGGCGUCUACACUCUACAGCAUGCCGCCGAGUUCGACGGUGCAAGAAGCACGGGCACACCUCUUUGCGGCUGACAAGCUCAAGAGUGACUGGAAGGAAAACAUGCUGUUCAUUGCAAAGACGUACAUCUGCGAAGGCUGCUACAGUCCGGCCAUCUCUUGGAUCGAUCGUGCAGUUGAAUCUCCGUGCCAGGGUGAAGGAGAUGAAGUGGCGCAGCGGGAACUGCUGACUCUCCAGCAACAGUACCAACGGUACCGGUCGUAGCAUCGUCACCCUCUCGCGUAGAGCAAAAGGACGCAAUUCGUAUUUAUUUACGAAACGACGAACGACAUACCAAAUGCCCCUCCCCCCCCGCGGCGAUGUCUGCACGAAGCGCAUUCCUCCGUCGAAAAAAGAAAGCACGACGUCACAUAGUGGACUGAGCGUGGCCGCCGGUAACGUUUACGCCCGCUCUCGUCUGCAAGGUUUUACGGAACCGAAGUUGUAAACGACGCACGGAGUGUGUAAUUUUUACGCAAUUUCACGUGCCCCGCCAAACUCCGUUCCUCCUCGAGCGCGCUGUUGUUAAUUUCGGCUGCUCUCGAUAUUUUCCGUAGAGUGUUUGACGAGCAUGGCGCGCUUUUCGUCGAGGCAGGGACUCGUGCUUAUUGUAUUUCUAUUAUUUGCUCGUUGAAAGUUAUGGCGACGCAUUGAGGUCCAAGUAAUGUGCCGUUCAAAAGGGGACACGGGUGUUUCGCCGUCACACUCCCUUUGGAGCGUGUCGAAACAUAGUGUUACAUCCCCUCGCGGUGGGCUCGGUGGCAGGUUCCACGCAUGCCGGCCGUGUUCGUAGACGUUUUCGACGAGAUUUGGUACCUGGUGUUGUUUGAAAUGGAAGUUGUGAUCCCACUUGGUUGCCGACCGACAGGGUGUCGUGCGCCGAAUUGUAAGGUGCUGAUCCCUACACCCUCCUUCCCCGUGAUGGCAGCCGCUACGAAUAGACAUAUAUAUAUAUAUAUAUAUAUAUUAACAAAGGUGGAAAAAUAUAGAAAUAAAAGAUACUAUUAUAUGCCAAGUCCA